AUGGCCAUACCACGGAAGGACCACCGGGUCAUUCUCCAUUUUGAUUACGAUUGUUUCUACGCCUCUGUCUUCGAAGCCGAACAACCCGCGCUCAAGUCGUUGCCGCUGGCCGUCCAGCAGAAACAGAUCGUCGUGACCUGUAAUUACGAGGCGCGUCGGCGCGGGCUGCGCAAGUUACAGCUGGUCAAGGAGGCGAAGAAGAUCUGUCCCGAGCUGGUCAUCGUGUUAGGGGAAGACUUGACUCGCUUCCGCGAUGCGUCGAAAGAACUGUAUGCCUUUAUCAAAUCGUUUGUCUGGAGCGAUCGCGUGGAACGAUUGGGGUUUGAUGAGAUCUUCCUCGACGUCACAGACAUGGUCGAGUAUAACAUCGGUCUCCUCAAUAAAAAUACCCUGCACGAUUCUUUCUUCCACCUGGAUAGACACGACCCGACUGUGGGGUUCGUUUACAAUGCGACACAAUGCCAUGGGCCCACCUGGCCGUCUGCCUCUACGUCUGCGUCUGCGCCUUGUACCUUGACUACAGCUUUGACUAGCUCCUCCACAUCGCUUCAUCUGCGGCUUCUCGUUGCGUCUCACUUGGCAGGGUACAUGAGGAGUCAACUGGAACAUCAGAAGGGCUACACUGCCACGGUGGGCGUGUCCACCUCCAAGCUCCUCGCGAAGCUUGUGGGAAGCGUCCACAAACCAAAUAACCAGACAACCCUCUUACCCCCAUACGAGCCGGCCGAGCAUGGCUUAGGCAGUACUAGUAAUAUACUGCGGUUCAUGGAUGGGCUUGAGAUCCGCAAAGUUCCUGGAAUAGGCUACAAGCUUGCUCACAAGCUCCGAGCUUAUGUUGGAGGCGCAGCAGCCUCGGGACCCACCACUUUGUCAGACACGGAACUAGGCUCUGACACUGCUACUGCUGGAGACAAUUCAGAAGAAGUCACUGUAAAACAGAUUCGCUUGCUCCCUGGCAUGGGUCCUCGACUCCUCAACAAGAUCCUUGGAGGCGCCGGUGCGCCUAAAGACAUUGGAGUGCGGGUUUGGGGUCUGUUACAUGGCGUUGACGACUCCGAUGUCCUCGCGGGACGCGAUAUACCGACGCAGAUCAGCAUCGAGGAUUCGUACGGCAAACUGACAACCUUGCACGAGGUGAAACGAGAGCUGACUACGCUUACGGCAAGUCUCAUCCGGCGAAUGCGUACUGACCUGACGGAGCAAAAUGUCGACUCCGGACCCAGAUUUCGAUGGCGUGCCCAUCCGAAAUUACUCCGUCUAUCAACCCGCCCAAGACCACCUCCUGAAGCCGAUGGACCUCGCACGCGCAUCUGGAACCGUAUCUCUCGCUCAGCGGCCCUUCCUCUGUAUGUCUUCAAUAUCGAUGAGAGCAUCGACGCCCUGGCGGAGAAGCUGGUUCAAGAACACCUGCUCUCCAUGUUCCGCAAACUUCAUCCCGAGAAGUUUGGCUGGAAUCUCAGCCUCCUCAAUAUUGCUGUCACCAACAUGGUCGAGAGCGCAGGCGAACAGAGGGGGAGCAAUGGCCGCGAUAUCGGCAAGAUGUUUCGCUCUCAGGAGAGAGUACUAAGCGAGUGGACGGUGAAUGAGAGCGGAAAUGAGCCUCUCGCAAAUGCAGACACUGACCUAGAUAACCACCCUACUGGUACCCCCUGGGAAGACGGUGACGACGAGGAAGAGAUUCCAGGGACCAUCUGCCAGACAUGUGGUGCCCUGAUACCGACCUUUGCACUAGUAGCUCACGCACAGUACCACUCUGCUCCAGACUGA